AUGGAGACAUCGCUGAAAAUUAACAUCACAAUAGGUAAUCACUUAGCUUCAGCUCCAAACAAAAUCACAAUAAGAAAUGAAUCACAACUGAGCGCGGCAAGAAAGAGAGAGAUAAAUGAAGAUUUACUCAACAAAAGAAAAGCUCGCACUACUUCUGCGACUAAGGAGGGAUCAAUAUGUAAACAAACUCACACUACUUCAACUGUCUUCUAUAGUCAUGUUGAUCAUUGUCAUUAA